AACCCUGCUGGCUUAAUCGCAGCCAACUUUGCUCUGUGUCGCGGCUGCCAUAUUUCUUUCCUGCUUGUCUUUCAACGAGAAAAGACUUGAGAUGGCAACCUCUUCGCACCUCAAUUGGUUGAUCAUUCGCAACAACAACGCCUUCUUGUUGAAGAAGCGCGAUGUUAACAAACCCUUCAGCACAGAGCCAAACAACUUGGCCUCUGUGAGCUCGUACCGCUACAGCGGCAUCGUGCACAAGAAGACCCUUGGCGUCGUUCCUACUGCCGAUAAGAAGGGCUUCACCGCCGUGCUGAAGAAGGGCAAAUAUGCUCAGCGUCCCGCGAAGAACACGGUGCGUGUCGACUUCAAGGCUGGUCCCCGACGCUCCCUGAAAAAGCUGAAGAACCUGUUGAUCGGCUCCAAGUACCGCAAGGAUCUGACGCAGGCUGCUCUUCGCCGCGCCUCCGCCGUUCUGCGUUCCCAGAAGCCCCUUCCCACCAAGGGAAAGAAGGCCGAACUUACCAAGGGAAAGAAGCCCGAAUAAAGUGUACCAUAUGGGAUCAUGCGGAGCUGUUUUCUACUCGAGAAUAAAGAAAAGAUGUUUAAAACUUAA